UGACAAGAAGUCGGGGCGAGACUUGGCUUGAAGUAGUUUACGAUAGCGAAGCUUUCCUUUUGCAAAAAAACAGGCUUGAACAUCAGAAAUAAGUUAAAUUGUGAAUGUAUAUAAUGAAAUAAGUGUGUUAGUUGUAAGCUGUAAGGAUUAUAUUGUGUAAAAAUGGCUGCAGUUAAGAAUAAUGGGCCGAUAAUAGACCCAGCGUUGUGUCGAUGCUGCAGGGCUAUUAAAAAAUGUCGAGUUCUCACAUCGGAGUACACUUGGAUGGAGAAAAAGGAAGUAUAUGCUGACAUGGUCAUGGACUGCUUUGGAAUAUUGCUAUCUCACGUAGAUGACAACGACAAGGAUUGCGGCGUGUGUGCUACGUGUGUCGUACGCCUGCGCGACGCAUGCGCAUUCAGGCAACAAGUGCUGCAAUGUGAGGAGUUGUUCCUCAGCGCUAAGCUCGAAGACAAGGAUACACUGGGUGGUGAGAUUACUGAACCGAAGAUAGAUAAGCCACAAAUGGAUAUAGAACUGAAGAUAGAGCCGAAAGAUGACUGCAGCGAGAUAUCCGGAGGAGCAGACCACGAUGAUGACAUGUCCAUGGAUUAUCCUGAGGACGUUCAAGAAAUUAAAGCCCCCAAAAAAGAAGAUGUACCAACAAAUGAUGAGACUCAAAAACCGGAGCUACCUCUAGAUGAAGACUCGAAGCUAGAUGAUGAUGAUGAUGACGAGAGCGACUGGUCGGCUUCAUCAUCAGACUCCGAUAAACCUAUCAAGAAGAAGGCAAAGAAGAAAGCUAAGAGUAAUGGCGCUCAGAAAAAGAAGAAGGUCGCUGUUAAGAAGCAGAAAGCUGGUACAUCAUCAAAAAAAUCACCGAAAACUAUCAAAAAACCUCCCGUUGAGAAGAAACAUAAUUACGACAGAGAUUUAGACUGUAUGUCCGAAGAAAAUCUGCUAACUAUCAUACAGUAUUCUUAUGUAUGUCCCUUUAAAAACAGACGAAAUAACUACUAUUGCUUCUACUGCAAAGAUUAUUACCCAAAGCCAGAAGAUUUGAGAGAACACACAGUUUCUCAUGACACUAAACCAUUCCAAUUACUUAUGGGAUACAAAAAAAUGAUCAAAAUUGAUAUUACAAGAAUAGAUUGCAGGCUCUGUCCUCAAAAAAUAGACGACUUAAACGUUUUCAAACAACAUAUAGAUCAGGUUCAUGGUAAAAAAAUAUAUUUUGAGGCUCCGGAUAAAAUGUUACUUUACAAAUUAACUUGGAACGAUUUAGUUUGUGUUAUGUGUAAUGAUGUUUUUGAAGAUUUUAACACUUUAAACACACAUAUGGUUGAACAUUUCAGUAAUUAUACUUGUGAUAUAUGUGGAGUCUGCUUUUUGGAAAAACCGAGGCUCGAUGCUCAUUUAAAAAGACAUAAGGACGAUGAACGUCAUACUUGUGAAGUCUGUGGCAAAGUUUUUAAAUCUAACCAUUAUAAAGACAUGCAUGUAGAUAUAGUACAUAAGAAGAAGGCUAUAAUAAGAUGUCCUCGUUGUGAUGAAUGUUUCAUGUCCUAUGCGUUAAAAAAUAAACACUUGACCGAGGCCCAUGGACAAAAGAGAACGUACCCAUGUAAUUUAUGUGACAAAGUUUAUAAUAGACAAAAGACAUUAACAGAACAUCAAAGGAGGAACCACCAAAAAGUUUUGAAGCACCAAUGUGAGUAUUGCGAUCAGAGGUUUUAUUUGCCGUCCCGGUUAAAAGAGCAUAUGGCAACUCAUACCGGGGAAAGGAAUUUUAGAUGUGAAUAUUGUGAAAAGAGUUAUCCACGGUUAAAAUCUUUGCAGUAUCAUAUUAGGACUCAUACAAAUGAUAGGAGGUACCGUUGUCACAUAUGUGGGCAGGCGUUUAUUCAAAAUGCUAGCUUGAAAUCACAUAUAAAAAGUCAUCAUCCCGAGUGUGAUAUUGAAGGAUGCUACUUUUAAGAUUAAAUACUUUUUAGUUAAAGCCGUUUCCAAUAUUCAACCUAACAUUUUAUUUGCUAACUAGAGAUAGAACUUUAACAUUGUAAUGUGAAAUUCCUAUCUGUAGUAAGCUAAACAACAUAUAGAAUAUUGGGAAUGGUUGUUGCUUGGUGGUGUGAAAAAAAAAGAUUCGGCAAUAUUCGUUAUGGACGCUUCUUUGUAUUUUCGACUGGAAUUAAUUAUUAUUUAUGUCGCAGCAAACUGGUUAUAAUAAUUGAACAAGUCGGCCGAACUACGUUUAGACUAGAGAUGCCACGAAUAUUCGGCAACUAUUCGGUAUUCGGCCUAUUCGGCCCUUUUAUUUGAUAUUCGGUAUUCGGCCGAAUAGUACGUAUUAUUCGGCCGAAUACCGAAUAUCAAAACAUGAAAAAAAGACGACAUAUUACUCCUGAUUAUAUAUAUUUAUUACAAAAAUAAAAUAAAAAAACAAAACAGUACGCAAAAGCAAAUACUUUAGUAAGUAAAAUUUAUUUGUGGUAAAUUGUGAUGAAUAAAAACAAGCUUUUUAGCAUUGGAGUUGGUAACAAACGAUUACGUUUUUCAUCGUAAAUGAUACCAGGUUGAAAAUAACCUCUCACUAUACACGCUACUCCCUGGAGAAGAAAGAUAAACUUUAGCGAAUUUCGACAGGUUUGGGUACUGUUUUUCGUUUGCUGACCACCACUUGUAAGGAUCAGCCUUCCGAUCUAGGCGAGUUGUUUUCAAAUAAAAAUCCAACUGAUUUGCCACAGCAUUCUUCUCCACGUCCUCCUCAUCAUUACCUACGCCUAUGCAUCGGAAUAAAGGAAGACAGGUUGCGACUUCUUGUUGUCUCUUUACCUACGCACGGCGCGGCACGUGCUCAACAACAUGUCCCUAUAUAAUAUUCGGCGCUUCGGCCGACAGUGCUGCCGAAUAUGCGGUAUUCGGUAUUCGGCCAAAUCACUAUUCGUGGCAACUCUAGUUUAGACGUUUCAUUGAAUGGCGUUAUUCAUUCAAAGGGCUGCGAUAUUUAUAUUAUUAUUUUUUAAAUGCAAGCCUGCCUAAUCUAGAUUUUUUUAUAUUGCCAAGUUAACAACAAAUCCUUUGAGAUUACUAAGUAGCUAACGAAAAUAGUCUGAAUAUAUAAGUUAUAUUAUAAUGUAUAUUAGCAUUAAUAUACCUAGUAUAUGCUAAGAAAACUUAAGGUACCUUUUGAAUGCUAGCUGUCGACCGCACAUGCCGACUGCAUGAAGUCGGCCGCAGCUGCACUACUGGUUUGUAUGUAUUUAUAUGAAACCGUUUUGGAUCGAAGCGGCAGCAGCACGUGCAGUCGCGUCGAUAUCUGACAAUCUGACUUCUAAGGUCGAAAAUUCAUGUAAAUAUAGUUAUCGGCAUGGAUAUUGAGCCCUGACCUUCAUCUGCGCAGAAGCGGUUUAUUGCCUUAUGUGUAUAGUGCGCAAAGCGAUCCCCACUCUUCCGCCGAGAGCUCAAUAUCCGUGCCGAUAACUAUACAUACGAACCAGGGGCUUGAUUCUGCUAACUUAAUAAUAUGACAGUUGGAUAACAAUUGAAAUUCAAUAACAUUUUUAAACUUAUAGCCCAAGAGCCAGACCUAUGUUAUUUUACAAAUUCUUAAACUUUGUGUGUUUUCCUAUCUACCUUACAGUUGGUAUGAACGAUAGAAAAAAAAUACUUACCUAGAUCAAUAUACAUACUUUUUUUGACAUGUCGCUUAAGUUAAAUUAGCAGAAUCAAGCCUCGACCUCGAUGGCGCAAUGGUCACCAUGCCGGACUGCCGGACCUGAGGUCCCGG